AUGUCUGAGUAUUUGGUUAGAGCAGUGUCAUUCUAUGAAGAAGAAAUAAUUAGAUCAAACAAAUUACUUCCUAAAAUUACUCAUCCUAAAGUGCAUUUAAUAUGCCGUCAACAAUUAGUAAUUGAUAAAUUUAAUUCAAUACACAGAGAAUUUGAAACUAUAUUAAAGGAAGAGCGACUUAAAGACAUGAGACAUACUUAUUUACUUUUAUUCAAUGCUAAUCAUGGAUUGGACUUAUUAGCUAAAAUGUUUGGAGAACACAUUGAAAAACUUGGAAAAAGGAAUAUUGAAUCUUUAAACCCUAAACAUUUACACAAUCAUUUUAUUGAAGAAGUAUUGAAUUUACAUGAACACUACAAAUCUAUUUUAGAAGUUGUGUUCAACAAUMAUUUUAACUUUAAUGAAGCUUUUGAUAGAGCAUUUACAAGGAUCUAUCAAAAACAACUUGCCAAACGCUUAUUACUUCAACAAAGCCAUUCGAUGGAUAUAGAAGAAGAAAUAAUCAAUAAAUUAAAAAUAUCUUGGGGUUCUGAGCUUACAAUUGACCUACAUCAAAUGAUAUUUGAUAUCAAAGCAUCUGAUAAAUUAAAUGUACUAUUAACUAGUGAACUCGAUACUGUUAUUGGUGAUUUAAAUAUCUCUUUUUCUGCACGUUUAUUACAAAAAAAAGCUUGGCCUUCGGAAUUAACAGCUAUAUCAUCAUUUGUUCUUCCUGAACAACUGAAACUUUAUGUAUAUCAUUUUGAAACGUUCUACAAAAAAAAUUUUAAUGGAUGGAAGUUAACAUGGCUUCAUAACCAAUCUUGGGGUGAGUUAAAAUUGAAUUAUUUACAAACAAUCUAUAUUGUGACAAUGCAUACGAUUCAAAUGGCAAUCUUGUUACUAUUUGAAAACUGUGAUUCAUGGAAAUACUCUGAAAUUUCCAAUGCACUACAACUAAAUAAUGAACAAUUUAAAAUACAUAUUAAUAGCUUAUUAGAAUGUAAAUUAUUAUUGCUUAAUGGUGGUAAUGUAACUUUGAAUAUGGAGUUUAAAAGCAAACAUUCUAAGUUCCAUAUCAGAUCAGUUGUAAAAAAAGAGUUAAAUGAUCAAGCAGACUUUUGA